AUACAGAAUACGACAUUUUUUACUUACUCUUUUGCUAUAUUCUCCUUCAACACACAAGACACUUUGCAGAUGAAGUUUAUUCUGUUUUCGGCAUGCCGUCCUGAGCCGUCUGUGUCUGCAGUCUCCAACAUAGAAUCGCAGUAUUGGAACUAUCUUCUUAAGAAUUCUAUAUAUAUCACUUCUAACCUGCACACUUCUUAAGAUUUAUUUACAAAAUACUGAUACAUAAAAGAGAAGUUGAGUUGGCAAGUAUGGCACUUUCAUCACUCAGCAUACUUGUGCUCAUUGCCACCAUCUUCCUCCCAUCCAUUGCUGUGGCCAAGGAGAUUGUAGUUGGUGAUGAUCAUGGAUGGACACUAGGCUUUGAUUACUCUUCUUGGGCUGCUGAUAAAACUUUCCGAGUUGGGGACGUACUUGUAUUCAAGUAUGCUGUUGGAGAACACAAUGUGUUCAAAGUGAAUGGAACUGCAUUCCAGAGCUGCACGGUUCCUCCACCAAGUGAAGCAUUGACUACUGGAAGUGACCGUAUUGUAUUGGCAAUUCCUGGGAGAAAAUGGUACAUAUGUGGUGUUGGAGGUCACUGCAAUGCUGGCCAAAAGCUUGUUAUUACAGUUCAACCCCAAGCACUGCCUCCAACCUUACCACCUGUUCCUGCACCUUCACCUUCUGAGGAUGGGCUUGGUUUUGGUGGAUGGGUGUCUAAGAAGAUAUUAACCAUAUUUCAUUAAAUUCACUCUUGGCUUAACCUAUGCUUAGAGACUGUGACAUUGUUUUUCAUAAGCUUUUGAGGGAGUGGUAUUAGUCCUCAGAAUAAAUUAUUGUUUCUAUUUUGAUGUUCAAAAUGGAAGUUUGUGAAUGUGCUCGCUCGCUAGCUCAAUCCAGCUACCAUUCAAAUAAAAUUGCAAAUUUGCAUUCCAUUCCAUUCUUCUCUAAUAUUCCUAUUUCUUAACAUUACUCUUGUAAUUUUUACUAUAGUUGUAUCCAUCUUCGCUGUCACUAGGAUUUUAUCAACUUACUUUCCUUUUACUGAUUGAAUUUCUGUUCAAGAAAGGAAACUAGAGAGAGGCAAACUCUCAUUAUUCUUGCCUAAAAGAGAAAGGUGGAAGGCGACGAGGUUCUUCGAAUAUGUCCCCAAGACAUAACGUACAAGUGCUUGUCUUUUCAAUUCAAUGAUUACUAGCUAACUGAAGCUAUUAGGCUAAUAAACUUGGAUUAUUUCUCAGACAUUUGGUAAUGGCUUGUGUUGAAA